AUGUCAAUGUUGAAGAGCCUCCGUCGCAACAGCAAGCAAUUCUUCGAACCUCGGCGCAAGAGCGUCGUCUCGCUCUCGCCAGCAGCAGAAGCAGCAUUGGCCGCCAACAUCAUCACAGAGGAGUCAGGGUCGACCAAGGAAAGCAAGCUCUCGUUCUUCGACCUCCCAGCCGAACUCCGCAACGCCAUCUACGAGCUUGUCGCAGAAGAUACGCGCAUCUUCAUCCCCUCCGCCUCCUCCAAGAAAAAUGGCAAAGCGCCUUACCACCCACCCCCACCUCUCCUCUUGGUCUCCGGUCAAACAAGACGAGAAUUCCUGCCUCUCCUCCUGGAACUCGCGCCCAUCCGCACCGUGAUUAAAGACCUCGACUUCUCCAACCUGACCCGCCUUAUCUCCUCCCUCUACGCCACCGAACUCCGCGCCCUCCGCUGCAACCCCAACCUCACUCUGCUCCUGCAAAUCGAGAAGCCCUCCCGCGAGACCAUUGCCUCCCUCCGUCGCUGGCUCACCAACCGUGCUGAAGGUCUGGACAGGAUUGCUUUCCAUUACGGCAUCGUCUGGACCCGGCGCACGCAGAUCAUCCCGACUUCUACGCAGGUUCACAGGAUUAAUGUCUACAUCCAGCGCCGCACGAUCUUGAGCACGCAUCUGGAAGCUAUGGCGCAGCUGCACCAUAAUGUGGCUGAGACGCUGCAGUUUGAGCUGCAGCCGAUGAUUGAGUGUUUUGAGGAGGAGAUGAGUAGGGUGACGAACGCUGAUCCGGGGGCUGGGAUGUCGAUGUUGCAUGAGAACUCGGCGUUGAUGCUCUACGGGAUGCCGACGAGACGGGUCCAUUAG